CGGUGUUCUGUGUCUAUCACAUCAUCUACUGUUCUCAACGAUUGACUCUUCCCGUAUUUUAGAGUGCUUUUGUAUUGGUGCGUUGUAAUAGGCUAAGUUUUUUAACCCUCAUAUAUACUGCGGUUGAAAUGUUGAUGAAUAUUGGCAAAGCCGUAUUUGAUCGAUUCAAAGACGACGACGAUGAAUCCUCCCAGCAGUCACAGUCGUUCACCUUCAAAGGCAAGAAUGGCGAUGAUUCUUACGAAUAUUCCAAUCUAUACAACGAAGCCGACGAGAUGUUGCAGGUUAGCAUGUUGAUUUACAGGUAAGAGUAUGGUACGAAUUAUCUUAGAUCGGUUGUCGACAAUCGGAAAUCAGGCACGAGCCACAGAACUGAAAUUGGAUUUGCACUGAAUAGUAGUUCGAAGCACGGAAGAUUCACUUUUUCAGCUUACAUUUUCAAUUUCUAUUCAAUUCAAUUCACACUGUCGAUGAUUCUUUCGAUUCGAAUGUCAGUUUGACUGACCUUCGCAAUCUAGCCAAAGAUCCAGCAAAAAAAGACAAACUCAAGUCACCCGAAAAGAUACUUGAUUUACCAUUGACUUUGUCUACCUGUUUGCAGAUUCUAGAAGAGAACCAUGAUGUUAUGAAGGAAUUUUUGGGGGAAGGUGAUCACAAGAUGACUUGGAAUUCCCUCAAUCUGAUCCAUUCGAGGUUUGAAGCACAACGCGCAUUGGUGACAUCGUCUUCUAAUGGAGGUCGUUCUUGGCUAAAAACCUCCUUCAUUUCCUCCCUGACUGGGCCCGAAGUAAGUGUCGAAGUGGAGGAAAUUCAACCCAAGCUCACAUAUUUUGGUGACGAAAAGUCCGAUGUAGACUUGGUGUAUGCCGUUGGUGUUGAUCAACUUCGGAAGAGAAUUACAGUUGCAUUUCGAGGCAGCGUCACAGUUACAGAUUUUCAGAAGGAUGCAAAGAUAUCACUCAAUCAGCAGCCCAACCMGGUACAUCACAUAGAUUCGGAUCAAGAAAAGGAGAUAGGAAUACACGAUGGAUUCUAUGACUACUUGCUCAGACCACGAGCAAAUGGCACGAGCAAAUACGACGAAAUUAUGACCCGCGUGAAACAACUAUUUCAUGAAUCCGAAUGUCACAAGAGYUACAAAUUAUAUGUGACAGGUCAUAGUCUCGGUGGUGCAUUGGCAACUUUGUUCUCGCUUCAUGCAGCUGCAGCUGCCAACUUCUCUGAAUGCAUCAUUCCAUCACCCGUUUCUUGUAUCAGUGUGGCGUCUCCGCGAGUUGGUGACCGCACCUUCCAAGCAGCCUUUCUUCGGUUGGAAGAGCGGGGGCUCUUAAGACAUCUCCGAAUUGCUAAUGAUCGCGAUCCUGUUACGAUGAUGCCAUCGGCUACUGGGAAGAGAAUAUGGUCUUUCCUGUCGCCUAUUUCUUACAUUGCUUUCAAGCUCAUGGAUGACAAAUUUGAAGACAAGGAGAAUUUCCAUCAUACCGGAAUCAAAUUAGGACUUUCAAAUCAGAAGUGGGAGUUAUCAUUUUUAGCAGUCCCGAUGACCAUCGAUGGACACCAGCAAGCAACAGCAUCCGACCCAGACGAAUCAUCAAUUGAAAGCGAAAGUUGCAGGAAUAACAGUGAGAGUAGUACGAGUAGCAAAGUCUUCCAAAUGAGUUCAAGGCGAUCUAUUCGUAAUGGAGAGGACUCCAAGAUUCCAAAUGUAAGUUUUCACAUGGGAAAUUCAUACAUAGAAAACUUGACUAGCGUCAAGACCGAUUUGGUUCGUCUAUCUUUGAAUGACUUGUACCAGACGAAGGUGUCAUCAAUCUACAAGGAAAAGUCCCGAGUGCACUGUGGUUGAAUUAUGACUUUAUGUACAGUUACUACGUCUGCGCUUCCGCUAUAUAUACAAAGUAUUUUUACUUAAUCAAAAUGGUUCCAAUAAAAUCAUGUAGCAAGAGUUUCCACAAGCGAAGUUUGGUCUCAAUUCUUACCUGGCAAUCUUCGCACUCUUCCUUACCUUYAAGAAAGUCCUCCCUACUUG